GGCAACUUCUACACUUUGAAGAGCAAUAAAAAGGAAGAACUACACUUGCCGUGGUUUAGUACGACGCAUCGUUCACAGUGGUUCGUAAGGAACGGGAACAAAACCCGGUAACCGACACGGACGAGAAGAGGAACUGUGGCAGUCAUGGGCCCUGUCACCUGGACAGCGGGUUGUGUCUUGUUCGUCUUGUGUACGGGAUUUUGUCGGCAAGUUUCCUGCGAGGGAUUACACUCUGAAGACUACAUCAAGCAAAAGGUUGAACACUUUCAAAUACGUCUUCACGAAGCCUUCGAAAGGCAUCGCUUGCAACGAGCUAGACGUGACGUCGUCUAUCCAGGUCUGGACGACAGCGUCCUGCAGAAGGAACACUUCCGUAUCAUCGGGACGCGUCCUGCGGACUUGGGAGUUCACCUGGCCAACGUCUCACACUGGGAACCAAUAGAUUUUCUCGGGGCAAAGCUUCUGUUUGUAGCAAGCAAUAAUGGGAAACUGGAAUUAUUCCGGUGGUCAAACGGGGGAUACGUCGCAUUCACGGGAACGGAAACUCACGUGGCUACGUCAAAGGCCAAGACAUUUAUUCACGGUGAUCAACUAUGGCUAGUCUGUCUGCAUCAUCAGUUUGGCAGACUCGAGCACUUCAUUAGACUUUACCAACUCGUCGGAAAAACAGUGGUAAUGAAACAGACAAUCGCUUUGGGUGGAGAGGCAGACAUGAGCCUAGUUGGUGGAUCGUUGUCUCACUACCUGGUCACCUGCGUCUUCAGGAAGCACUCCGCUUCUGGUGUGUCUUACGAGGGCAACGUCGUGCUGUAUGAAUGGAAGAACACUCAGUUCGACUCAGUCUCUCAGCACUCUGUAGUGGGCGCUCGUUCUGUCGUGGCCUGGUCCAUGGACGGUCCACUGUACGUGGCUGUUGCCCAGCAACGCGACAAUGAAGGCGAGCUAGCUAUGGGUUCACCAGUUUUCAUCUACAACCAGAGACGUGAACAUGAGCUCAGCUAUGUACAGGUGAUCAGGCUUUGGCAAGCGAGUCACGUGAACCACUUUACAGUGGCUGCUGUACAUUACCUAACUUUUGCUACCAAGCAAGGGGUACUGGUUUACUGGUAUUCAGGUGAUCAAUUUUUGGAAUGGCAGACACUUUUAGGAACAGAAGAUGCUGAAUACGUUGAGGUGUUUAAUCUGCCCAAUGGUGAAGCUGCAAUCGCUGUUGUCCGUCAGGAGGAAGUAAUGUUCUUUUCUGAGACGGAAAUGGCAACUUACAACAGGAGUACCACAACACGAGUAUCCGGUACAGCAAUAACGAAGGUAGCAUUCCAAUACCUUCAUGGAAAUUACUACCUCUUUGCAACGUACUCUCCUGAAAAAAUGGCAAAGUACUCUCCCAUGCAACUUGUUCUUGAAAAGUACACUUCAGUACCGUUCACAAAGAAGGAUCCACUGUUGCGGUGCCUACACGACCUGGAAACUUUGCUCUCACGCCGACAAAAGCACAUAGACAAGUUGGCAGCCAACAUUGGACGGGUCUGGACCUCUGACAAACCUCGUCCCCUGGCUACGGACCUCUUGGUGGUGAAUGGCCAAGUUAAGGUCCUGGGGGCCCUUUCUGCUCCCCAAGGGGUUCUCCUGCCUGGAGCCCAACGCGUGCCCCAGGUGACCCCCUCAGGUUUAGCUCAACAGCUGCAAGAGGCUGGCAACACAGUCUCCAGGAUUGAAGAUGGGUUGAAGAAUGUGGUGUUCAAGUCCCUGCCACAGACUAUCAAAGGCAAUCUGAGAUUUACAAAGCCUGUGUCCUCAUCGGUGCUGCACAUGAACAACUUCCAUAGUGGCACCCUCAAUGGUGUACCCUUGGCUCGGCUCUCUGAUGGGACUCUGAAGACAAGAGGCAACCAGGUUCUCAACCAUCCAGUCACGUUCAGUGGAUUGAGUGCCGAUAACCUCUUUUCAGACUCUGUUAAUGGUGUCAACAUAUCUGAUGUCAUGAUGACUAACAAAGACCAGGUCGUUAAAGGAUCUUUCAAGCUCAGCCACAUAGCACUGUCGGAUCUUGUCGUGGAAAAGGGGCACGCUAUAAAUGGCAUUCGACCGGAUCAAAUUGUGACUACAAACACUCCCCAACUAAUCUCUGGUCACAAGACAUUCAAGAAACUCAAUGUUAUUCGAAACUUGAGUGUAAAAACUACAACUAAUGGGAAAGACCUGUCAGAAUUUGCCAAGACACUGGUGCCUCUGAACGGCAAUUCUCACAUCACAGGGCACUGGCGUUUCACCGCACCCAUUACUGUCAUUCGUGGGCUCAAUUUAAAACUGCCAAUCAAUGGAAUCUUCAGCAUUCCAAAGCUGGUCAGCGAAGCAGUCGACAUUGGCAGUACGCAAGUGAUAAGUGGUGCAAAGACCUACAAGGUUCCAGUACACUUCCAUGGGAAUGUUGAUGUCUCUGGGUCUUUCAAUGGCAUCAGGGUCUCCCGAGACUUGGUAACUCUCAACACUGAGCAAAACAUCGAGGGCACCUGGACAUUCAGGGACGCGGUACACUUCAAGAAAAACUUGGACACAAAGCUCGUAAAUGGAAUAGACAUCCUGAAAGAAGCCGUACUGCGGAACAGGAAGAACCUGCAGAUCGUUUAUGGGAAGAAGACAUUCUUGCAAGACAUGGGCGUGAAUGGUGGCAUUGGUAUGACGAGGUGGAGCACGAUCGACGGCGUCGACCCCUCGGAAUUUGUGAGGGGCACUGGAGCAGUGACUGUCUACGAAGGUCCUGUGACUAUCGGUAACAUGGUUGUUCAGAAAGAUGUCAUCGCUGAGAAAGGAAUAAACGACAAGAUUCUCCGCGACCUGCGAAACCUCAUCUGGCUCAAGUCCGUGGACCAGGAAAUCAAGGUUCCAGUUAAGUUUAACAGGGUACACUUGGAAGGGGAUCUAGACACAGAAACUGUGAAUGGUGUGAACCUAGACACUGAUCUUGCGAAAACAUUUGGGGACGAAGUCUGGAGCGGGCCUGUCACUUUCAAGGACAGCAUAUAUGUUCGUGGCCCAGUCGACUUUGCUCCGGGUGUCAAAAUAAAUGGAGUCGACCUAUCGGAGAUAUCCAAGCUGGUAACACAGGCUCAUCGCAACAGUGUUAUCCACGGCAACAUCACUUUCCCGUCACUCAUCGCGGAGCACGACAUCCACUGCGAGAAAGUGAACGGAUUUCGCCUGGCACAGCAGUUCAUGCUGGUCAACGCGGAACAGGUGGUUUCGGGAACGCAGAGUUUCAAGAAGCCCAUCUCUGUCAAGCACCUCUCGGCAGAUUUUGCAGAUCCUGUAAUGCUCAAUGGUGUGAAACUACGUCCAUUCCUCAACGAGGUUGUCCUUCGAGAUGGGCCCCAUCUGCAGCCAGUAUCUAACAAGAAUUUUGUGGGUGGAAUUCAUGCUGACCACGUUCGAGCAGCAGGCAGUAUCGACGGAGUUAACGUGGAUCAAAUGCUCCGCAGCGUUGUCCUGCUGAACGUUCCUCAAACCAUCAAGGGACCAAAGCAGUUCCUGAAUCCGCUUGUUCUGGAUGCUCUGCUUACGGAUCAUGUGAAUGGAAUAAACAUAAAGGAACGAGUGGCCAAAGUCAUUCGGAGGGAUGUCAAAGGAGUGGUGACUGGGAAGAAAUAUGUGAAAGGCCGUGUCCUCGUUCAUGGUAACAUAAACACACGAGGUCUCAUCAACGGGUUGGACAUCAAGGAUGUUUAUGCCAGGGCCCUGUCGAAAACUCGCGAAAACCUCAUCACUGCACCUAUGACUUUCAUGGGAGGCAUAGAAGCGGGCAUGCUCCAGUUGUACGAACCAGCCAAACUGGAUGGCGUGUCUCUGGCCAAUGUCAUUCCACUGAGAGAAAGUUCAAAACUUCUCGGAAAUGUGGUGUUCAGGAAUUUGCUUUCGGACGGUCAUAUCAAGAUCCGUGGCUUGCUCAACGGCUGCAAUAUCACAAAGCUCUAUGAAGAAGCCAUUUAUCUGAAUGGCGACAAGCAGACCCUGGGGGGCGACACCAGUUUUUCCAAACUAUUCAUCCGAGGCAACGUUCAUAUGCUGGGUCCAGUCAACAACGUAUCGCUCAACAAUCUCCUUGGCAGUCUCGUCAACAAAUACAGCCCACAAGUCAUCACUGGGCCCUUGACUUUCAGUGACAAGGUCUCUGUGGAGAGAUUGACAUUGAAAGGUCCAAUCAAUGGACUCAAUCUCGAAAGUGUGCUUGCAGAUGCAGUCACAAAAUCCACUAUCCAAACCAUCAAGGGAGCCAAAACUUUCACUGGCCCACAUGCCCUGGAAGUGACACAAGUUCUGAAUGUUCAUAAUGAUGUUCACUCUCACGGCCCUGUGGGGGGAAUUAAAAUUGAAGACCUGAAUACCGUGGUGACCACACAUGGGCAGCAGGAAGUCGGCGGAAAGAAAACCGUCCUCGGCGGUGUUCACGUGACUGGAGACGUUCAUGUUAAAGGGACCCUCAACGGACUGCACGUCCCGCAAGAUUUAGUCCUGUCGGACAUUCCGGAACGCAUUCCCGGGAAGACCAUCUUAUCCGGUCCGUCCGCCAUUCGCGGUAACCUGAACGUCAACAAAGUAAACGACUUAGACCUGAACACACUGCUCAGAGACCGAUUAAAGUUGGACGGCGACCAGAAUCUGCGUUCGAAACUAGUGUUUGAAGAUGACAUUGCCGUCAAAGGAAACUUUGCAGCGCAGAAGCUGAAUGAUAUUCCGAGAGAGGCCAUAGUCACGCAGACAGGUCGUCACACUUUGCGUGGUACAAAGACCUUCACCAAGCCUAUUGAGGUUCAAGGGAACUUGAAGGUCGUCACCAUCAACAGAAUUAAUGUGACCAAUCUAUCGAAGGACGUUGUCUACUUGAACAGGCCACAGGACAUUCCACAGACGACAACUUUCUCAGCCCCUAUUGAGGUAGUGGGUGAUAUGAAGGUCACAACCACAGUGAACGGAGUUGACCUCAGGGGAUUGAAAGCAAGCUUAGAGGCCAGCAAACAGGCAUGGAUGGGACAAGCUAAUGGAAUUGUACAAACUGUAACGAACCAAGGAAAUGUGUUGAAGAAGCAGUACGAGUAUUAUCUAGCACAAGCAACAGCAUUUGUGUACUUUGAGCUGUUCCAAACUCUCAAUAUACCAUCGACAAGGUUGCUGACAUCACCUGUACACCGUUCUGCCGAGGUUCCAUGGAACACACUGCCAGCUACUACGGCUACGGUCUGGACAGCCUGGCACACACGUUGCAAGAACAACGAUGACUGUUGCAGAGAGUACUCCACGGAGUUCCUGGAGGUCAAACCAGAUGGACAAUUGGCGAAGUCGUCCGUUGUUCUGCAACGACGCUACUUCCCCUUCCUGUUUCAACAAGGGUCUCACCAGGGAGGAUUCAUGGUAUGGACAAAUACAACCUCUCACAGAAAAAGUUGUGAAUAUCCUGGCAACGAGGAAUUAGUCGUAACUACGGUCCAAGGCGCUUCUGACCCGUCCUGCGAUCGAAACACCCGCACGGAGUUUAGAGCUGCGGACUACCCGUUCGUAAGCGACGUCAGGUUCUUUGAGUUCCAGGGGGAAGCUUAUCUGGUUGUCGCUAGCUCAUUCAGCAAGUUUGUUCCUUCUUCAGCGAACGGCGGACAAGUGGACGUGUUCCGCCAUGUCGCGGAUCACCACCACUGGGUGAAGCUGCAGACGCUGAAUACGACAGCUGCCGUAUCGCUCGACGUCGCAGAGGUCUCUGGGACCGUACUCUUGUCGGUUGCCAGUCGACAGAAAAGGGGGCCAAUUCCGAUGAAGUCUUCGGUCUACAAAUGGAGUAAAGUCCACCAAGGGUUCACCCUGCUGUCUGAAGUGGCAACAUCCAUGCCAAGUUCUACCCUGUUUGUUCGUGUGGGUCAAGAUGUGGCCUGUGUCUUUGCUAACGAGAAAGCCGCGCUGCAGCAGGAUCGCGGCUGGGUGAUCGCGCAUACGGAGCCAGCCUCUGUUUACAAGUUUACGCACAACACUCUGCAACUUCUGCAGAACAUUCCCAUGUAUGGUGUCAACUGUAUGGAGAAGUUUUACUUGGCUGGAGAUUCAUUCCUCGUGCUGGGCAGUAUGCACCUCAAGGCAGUGUCUGUCUAUCGCUGGCGCGGCUACAGCAAGUUUGAAGCGGUACAAACCAUAUCCGUAUCUCCGGUACACUUGCACGUGUACCGGUCUCAUACCGGCAACACGUUGCUGACAGUCUCUACGCAGUGUGGCAGAACAAAAGUGCUUCGUGCUGUUAUUCAGGGACGUUGCGACGUCGAAGACCCGCGUCUCCGCCAUCUAGUUGGGCGGGCUUGAGUGCAUUGUUUACUAUUAACUACUUUUUACAAUGGUUACGGUUACUUUUUAAUUACGUUUAUAAUAGCACUGUUUUAAAAGCUUGUUCAGCGUGGCUGAAUGUUGUUACAAAGUUGCUGAAAGUGAAAUUUAUGGUCUAACUUUUGGACUAAAAAUAAAAGUCUUGCAUAUCCCGUGCAGAGUAUUUGUCUUUGUUGCAUUCUGGACUAUUUAUUUAUGCAAAAAUAGUAUGCUCCACACUAUAUGUUAUGUCUCCAGGAAAUAAAAUUAAUGUAGAAUUAAA